UCAUCCCAGCAAACACAACGUACUGGAGACUGAGGGCAUCCCAGCAUUCACACUGACUACUACAGGACCCGCCAGCGCAUCCCAGCAUACCCCCGCCAGCACGAGCUUAACAUCCAGGAUCACCGGACUGAGCGCGAGGGGAAACACUUUUUUGUUUUAUCUUUUUGGGUGUGUUAUUUUGUUUCUUGCUGGCUUUUAAGCAUUGGAUACGCUGCCAUGUCAAAGUACACUGAAUUAUUUAUAGGCGUGCGUGUCUUGUUGUGUGACAGCUCUGCCCUGAAAGCUUUUUAUUAGACGCCUCUUCCAGCCCUGACUGGCACACACGACGCUUCUCUCAGCCGAUGCGCCGGGACAACCAAGCUGGCUCCGGUCUCCUCGCCUGAGCUAAUCUGCAGCUUCUUUUGCUAAAUUCUACAUUUUGGUUUAGCCUCGGAUCGAAUAAAGGACUGGUUAUUUUCCUCCCUUGGCUUCUCAACUUGAGUGAAAGGACGCGGCCGUAUCCCUCCCUGCCUCUUCCUUUUGUGGACGCUGAUUCUUUUUACGCAUGCAGGGAGAAAUCUGUGGUGACACCUGAUCGACUGGCUUCUCCGCGCACAUUGACCCGGGAGCUCCAGGCGAAUCAGGGAGAGGAGAAAGCAGAUACACGGUCAAUGCUCGGACUGUGCUGUUGAUUUUGUUUGUGUGUGUGAGCGCUCUUCAUUUGUGGGGUUUGUUGCCCAGCCAAAGCCAUGGUCCACUGUGCCGGCUGCGAGAGGCCUAUCCUGGACCGUUUUCUGCUAAACGUGCUGGACAGAGCCUGGCACGUCAAGUGCGUGCAGUGCUGCGAGUGCAAGUGUAAUCUGACAGAGAAAUGUUUUUCUCGAGAAGGGAGACUUUACUGCAAAAAUGAUUUCUUUAGGCGGUUCGGCACUAAAUGUGGCGGUUGUUCGCAGGGCAUCUCACCGAACGACCUGGUCCGGAGGGCCCGGAGCAAAGUGUUUCACCUCAACUGCUUCACGUGCAUGAUGUGCAAUAAGCAGCUCUCCACCGGAGAGGAGCUCUACAUCAUAGACGAGAACAAGUUCGUUUGCAAAGACGAUUACCUAAACAACGCCAGUGUGAAAGACAGCAACCUCCUCUCAGUUACGGCAUGCAGUGACCCCAGCUUAUCGCCGGACUCUCAAGACCAGCUCCAGGACGACGUGGUUCUGAAGGACACGGAGAUCGCCGCCCUGUCCGACAAAGAGACGGUGAAUAACGAGAACGACGACCAGAACCUCGGGGGGAAGCGGCGCGGCCCGCGGACCACCAUCAAGGCCAAGCAGCUCGAGACGCUGAAGGCGGCGUUCGCUGCGACCCCCAAACCCACCAGACACAUCAGGGAGCAGCUGGCCCAGGAGACCGGCCUCAACAUGAGGGUCAUCCAGGUUUGGUUUCAGAACCGACGUUCCAAAGAGAGGCGCAUGAAGCAGCUGAGCGCGCUAGGCGCACGGAGACACGCGUUUUUCCGGAGCCCAAGGCGGAUGAGGACGCUGGUGGACCGGCUGGAGCCCGGGGAGCUGAUCCCCAACGGGCCCUUCUCUUACUACGGAGAUUAUCAAAGUGAGUACUAUGGUCCGGGAGGAAACUACGACUUCUUCCCUCAGGGGCCUCCGUCGUCGCAGGCCCAGACCCCGGUCGAUCUCCCCUUCGUGCCCUCCUCAGGCCCCACAGGCACCCCACUCGGAGGUAUGGACCACCCCCUGCCGGGCCACCACCCCUCCAGCGAGGUGCAGCGCUUCUCCGAUAUCAUGUCCCACCACCCGGGGGACUCUCCCAGCCCAGAGCCCGGCAUCCCGGGGCCCCUCCACGGUAUCUCCUCUGAGGUGUUUGGCCCCAGUCCACCUUUUACCUCACUGUCUCUGAACGGCAGCGGAUACAACAACCACCUGUCCCACCCACCCUCGGAAAUGAACGAGGGCACCGUGUGGUAGCUUUCAGAGAGAGCGGACUCUGCUGGAGAGAGAUUCAGUAACGGAGUGUGAGGUUUGGAGGUGUUGGGGGGCUUGGGGUCGAAAAACAGGGGCAUGGAAAUCGACAGGCAUCAGUAUUUUUUGGGGUGUUUACAUAUUUAUUUAUUUAUUAUUUGAUUUGUUGAUCUUUUCUGUGGGAAAAGGGAUAAAAAAAAUAUGUUUUAAACAUUGUCCUUGGUAUUGUGUUUGGGUGUUUGAAUCGCUUCUUUUUGCCCCCACCCACCCUGGACUUUAAAUAAAAUAAAUAACUGGGCAAGACUGCUGAAGUGGCACCGUUUCACCCCCCUUCUUUGGGCCCCUGGGGCACCCUGUCACCCCUCCUGACUCCUGUCGGUGGCCCAGCACAGCGACCAAACCCCCAACACUCACUGGUGGGGUGUAAACUACCAUUCUGAGAUCUCCUGUAGUACGUCCUGAACAUGAAAACAUCCUUAGCUACUGUCAAAGACUUGGAAAGCUUUACAGAAAGAAGAAGGGGGCCGAGGAUCGGCGGUGUGCUGACCCGGCACUGUAGGAAAGCUGAGCGGAGUUCAAACUGCGUUUGAGGCGCUCAACUCGUCCCUAUUUAUUCAGAAGCUCCUCAGACCUCUUUGCCUCUUGAGGCUCUGCCAUAUUGACACUUAACCUUUUUGACACUAUAUUUCUGAAGGCCAGAGGAAAUGACAAUGUUUCCUCCUUCCUACUGGACUUUUCCUAUUAUUUUUUUUCUUGUCUUGGUUUCAGAAUGUCCACCAAAUCUGAAGAAGGCCGCCUUCAAAAGGCAAACAGUAAAAACCCUCUACGGAUUGCAAACCCUUUAUUUAAAAAUGGAAAUGAACUUGAAAUGUUGAAAUGAAGUCUACCUUCUAAAAAUCUUCUACCGGGGUUCUAAAUGGGACUUAGAACAGUCAACUGUUUACGUGAUCUAUUUAAUUCAGGAGUCCAGAAGUCUCGAAAACCAUGUUUUAGAACCUCUCGAUCCAUAUAAAAAUGUUCCAAGCAACCAACCAAACUUUUGUAUUGAUUUCAUUUAUAUUGUAUGGAGAUAAAAAAAAAAAACACAUUUGCUGGGUUUGUGGUUCACUGUGCUAGUUUGUACAAGAUGUUGUUUACAAAAAAAGCUGAAAAAAAAGAAUAAAAACAUAAGUAAAGUAGACAUUUGCCAAACUAAAAAAAAAAAGUAUAGCACAAAUCCUGUGCUUUGCACCAUCAUCUGCAGAACGUGUUGAGACAAAAUGUACGUGUUCAAAGGAGUAAUUGACUUCUUAAUUUUUUAGUCUGCUGAAAAUACAUUCAUAAAAUUGUUAAUAUGACAUACUUAGACAGGUUUUAUUUUUGUGUCUUCAAAGGAGAAAAAUCCCAACUAUUAAAAAUUGAUGGUCAAAUAUGCGGCGAGUAGCUGCUACAUCUCUUUGAAUAUCAAGCCCUCAUGGUAUGUCUUUUAUUGUUCCAAUAAACCGAAGCUUAUGUGACCUCCAGUGCAUAUUAGACCAUUCACUGUAUAAAUCCAACAUGUUGACAAAAAUGUGUUUCUAAUAAAACUAGAAAAUAUA